UUUGACUAUAUAAACCAUAAUUUCAUGUUAUCACGCAUCAGUUUCAUUCGGUAUAACAUCAGUUAUUCAGUUCUACAAGCAAGCACUACAACAGCAAUUAUGAGCGGACGCGGCAAAGCAGGAAAAUCGAAGGUAGGCAAAUCCAAUACCAGAUCUUCUCGUGCCGGACUCCAGUUCCCGGUCGGUCGUAUCCAUCGAUUGUUGAGAAAAGGAAACUACGCCGAACGUGUCGGAGCCGGAGCUCCAGUGUACCUGGCCGCCGUCAUGGAAUACUUAGCUGCUGAAGUCUUGGAGUUGGCAGGUAAUGCUGCUCGUGACAACAAGAAAUCUCGUAUCAUCCCCAGACAUUUACAAUUAGCGAUCAGAAAUGACGAAGAAUUGAACAUGCUACUGUCCGGUGUAACAAUCGCCCAAGGUGGUGUAUUACCUAACAUCCAAGCCGUUCUCUUGCCCAAGAAAACUGAGAAAAAAGUUUAAUUAGCGUUUUACUAAAAUCACGAAAUACUAUAUAAUUAAAAAGGACCUUUUCAAGGCCACCAAUAUGAUAAACUUCCACUUACAAUUGUGUAAAAACAUAACAAUUCUAUCACUUUCAAUCGUUAUGAAAAGGUUUUUAUCGACUUAGGUAUACCUAUUUUAAUAAUUGUGCACAUUAUUGAGACCCACUAAACCUAAUCUGGUCCAAUGACUAAAUACAAAUCUUGUAAUUGUAAUAUGUAUUAUAAUAAUGGUUAAAAAUUUAAAAUAAACAAAAUCCGUAACAUUAAAAAUAAUAAGAUACCUGUUUUAGUUAUGCCACAACAUGUCAUUAUUUAAAAAGGCCCCACCAAAUUUUCCAAUCAUAGUUACCAAUUCAACAUUGGUAUUUCUGAAACAAAAUAGAGCCAUCUUAUAUCCCGGUACAACGUUAAUCAAUAUUAAGUUUUAUUUUUGUCUUCCUAUAAAUAUUGAAAGGCUUAAAU